AGUUUCGGCCGCGGCGCCGCCGCCUCUCCAGGGCCGGGUCGGCGGGCGCUCGGAGCGUGCGGCCGCGGGGCUGCCAGCUCAGUAGCGCGGGCUAGAGGAGACCCGGGUGCGGGCGGCUAAAAUGAGUGAACGGAGAAGAUCUGCAGUCGCCCUGAGCUCCCGAGCACAUGCCUUCUCCGUUGAAGCCUUGAUCGGCUCAAAUAAAAAGCGGAAACUGCGAGACUGGGAGGAGAAGGGGCUGGACUUGUCCAUGGAGGCGCUGAGUCCCGCAGGCCCACUCGGAGACACAGACGACCCGGCGACACACGGCCUGGAGCCCCACCCGGGAAUGAUUUGUGGCCAUUGAACUAACAUGGAACAGUGAGCACGUUCUGAUUACAGGAUCCCUUGACAGACUCCGAGCAGAGCACUGGGUCGGACUCCGAGGUGCUCACCGAGCGGACCUCCUGCUCCUUCAGCACUCACACUGACCUGGCGUCUGGUGCUGCAGGCCCCGUGCCUGCUGCCAUGUCUUCCAUGGAAGAGAUUCAGGUGGAGUUGCAAUGUGCUGACCUCUGGAAGAGGUUCCAUGAUAUCGGAACAGAGAUGAUCAUCACCAAAGCAGGCAGGAGGAUGUUUCCUGCCAUGAGAGUGAAAAUCACUGGCCUGGAUCCACAUCAGCAAUACUAUAUAGCAAUGGACAUUGUUCCUGUGGACAAUAAAAGAUACAGAUAUGUGUAUCAUAGCUCUAAGUGGAUGGUGGCUGGCAAUGCUGAUUCCCCUGUGCCUCCAAGGGUUUACAUACACCCAGAUUCCCUAGCUUCUGGAGACACCUGGAUGAGACAGGUGGUCAGUUUUGACAAACUCAAGCUGACCAACAAUGAACUGGAUGAUCAAGGACAUAUUAUUUUGCACUCCAUGCAUAAAUACCAGCCUCGAGUCCACGUGAUCCGCAAAGACUUUAGCAGUGAUCUUUCACCCACCAAACCUGUGCCUGUGGGGGACGGGGUGAAAACAUUCAACUUUCCUGAGACUGUGUUUACCACAGUCACAGCCUAUCAGAACCAGCAGAUCACCAGAUUAAAAAUUGACCGAAACCCCUUUGCUAAAGGAUUCAGAGAUUCUGGCAGAAACAGAACUGGACUUGAAGCCAUCAUGGAGACUUAUGCAUUCUGGAGACCUCCUGUUCGCACACUGACCUUUGAGGACUUCACUACCAUGCAAAAGCAGCAAGGGGGCAGUACAGGUACUUCUCCAACCACCUCCAGCACUGGGACACCAUCCCCUUCGGCUUCUUCUCAUCUCUUAUCUCCAUCUUGUUCUCCUCCAACUUUUCAUUUGGCCCCGAAUACUUUCAAUGUGGGCUGUCGAGAAAGCCAGCUGUGUAAUCUAAACCUCUCUGAUUAUCCACCAUGUGCCCGAAGCAACAUGGCUGCCUUACAGAGCUAUCCAGGGCUGAGUGACAGUGGCUACAACCGGCUCCAGAGUGGCACAGCUUCAGCCACUCAGCCCUCUGAAACCUUCAUGCCUCAGAGGACUCCAUCUCUGAUCUCAGGAAUACCAACACCUCCCUCGUUGCCCAGCAACAGCAAGAUGGAAGCCUAUGGUGGCCAGUUGGGGUCCUUCCCCACUUCCCAGUUUCAGUAUGUCAUGCAGGCAGGCAAUGCAGCCUCCAGUUCCUCAUCGCCACACAUGUUUGGUGGCAGCCACAUGCAGCAGAGCUCCUAUAAUGCCUUCUCCCUCCAUAAUCCCUACAAUCUGUAUGGAUACAAUUUCCCCACUUCCCCCAGGCUAGCUGCAAGCCCAGAGAAACUGAGCGCGUCUCAAAGCACUUUACUCUGUUCUUCUCCUUCUAAUGGGGCCUUUGGAGAGAGGCAGUACCUGCCUACAGGGAUGGAGCAUAGCAUGCACAUGAUCAGCCCUUCAACUAAUAAUCAGCAGGCUACCAACACCUGUGAUGGCCGACAGUAUGGGGCAGUCCCAGGCUCUGCCUCUCAGAUGUCCGUACACAUGGUUUAAAGAGCAGUGCACACACUAUCGAGGUGAUGGCGGCCAAGACUCCAGAAUCUCUGUGGGUGGAUCAUCCUCCUUGGGAGGCAUGUGCCUUGGGAAAAUAGGAAUUGUGUGUUUGUUUUUGUUUUUGUUUUUGUUUUUUUCUGGAUAAGGAAAACAGAGAACAACAAUAGAUACCGCUGAAGGAUCCUUGGAGUCCAUCAUCCAUAUCUCAGUGGUCAUUCUUCUGCCUUCCAAAAUCUUAGUUUUAUAAAAGCAUUGUGUAUGACAGAGUGGCCUUGAAGAGACUGAAUAAUCAUUUUAUAAUAAUGUUGAAGGAAAUGCUAGCAUGUAGCAGCCAAGACAAGUUUUACACACACACACACACACACACACACACACACACACACCCCUUACAUGAAUAUAGUCAUGUACACACACGCAUACAAAAAGUAAUACAAACACAAACAUCAUACACACUGACUCUGAACUGGGUGAACUCUGUGAAGGGAGGCCCAGAAUGGGUGCUUUCACCAAAAAAUUUGCCCGUUUACAAUCCUAGACGGACUGGGCCAUCAUUAGCUAAUAGCCUUUCUCCCUUGCCAUGUUUCUGGAAUGAACCGUGUACCUAGAACCUCUCCUUGCCACAGAGAUGGAAAGGCAUCAGUGCUACACCUGGACUUGGCUUCCUGAGAAAGAUUGUUUUUUAACCUUUGGCUUUCUUCAUUCAGUGUGCCAUCUUUGAUCUUACAGCGGUGCCUGUGGAAGGACAGGGUGAGAAAAGCUCGGAGAGAGAAAGAAUCGAGGGCAGGAGAGAGUGGACAGCAAGACUGAGAAGAUGUGAACAAAUGAGAUUUAAUCCACCAAGGAGAAUUGGUUGGGUUUGUUUAGCCUCUAAAGUUAUAGAAAGAAUGAUGGUGGUAGUGGAGAGUAAGCCUCUUUGGGACCCUGCUUAGAGUCAAGGGUACCAAUGAGAAGGGCUAGGACAAGGAAUGCUUCUUGAUUCCAUAGCUCUGACUAUAAUGACCCAGGAGAGAGGUGCCCCUUGUGGGAGUUCCAUUCUGUGGCAUGCAACUGAGCAGGGUUAGGGAAACAGGUGUCAAGAAUGAAGAGAAUGGUUUUAUCUCCAAGGUGAUACCAAAAACGAGUCAUGGACGACAGGCCUGGCCUCACACGCCAGAUCCAAAAUGUUGACCUGGACAAUCUGUCCCUGGUGCCCAUGCAGGAGAAACCCUGAGACACAGAAGAGAAUUGCAGGGUCUUCUGCCCCUUUUCUAUCUGCCUGUAGCUCUCCAUUUUGAUUAAAUAGUUCAUUGCAUUCUGAAGUUUGGGGAUGUUUUUUCUUUCCUUUUCUUUUCAAAUCCUUUAAUGAUAGGAAGACAAGUGAAACUGGGUGCAAGCUAAAAUUUUUAAAUGGUGUGGAGACUCGAAUGAUACCAAGAUAAUACAGAUAUUAUUAAGAAUUUUUUUGUGUUGAGGUGAUGUAGAUAAAUGUAUUUAUAUGCCUAGUUGGAUAUUCAAUAUUAUGAAUAUUAAAAAGGGGGCAAUAAAAGGGUAUGUAAAAUAUGUAUGAAGAAAAGGUGUAUAAAAAUUUGCCCUUAUGCACGGAACUGUUUCUGAGUGCCAAGCACAGAAAGCCGCUAAAUAAAAUCUUUGCAAUUGUU